AUGGCAUCCCGCGCCCUCCGCACCCUCAACCUCCGCGCCGCCGCCGCGCGGCCGUCCUCCGCAGCCGUCCCCGCCACCACGACGAGGAGGUUCACGGGCGCCGCGGCCAGGGGGUACGCCUACAAGGACUCGCAGGACCGCGAGUCGCUGAAGCCGGGCGGCACCGAGGGGACCAAGACGGGGCGGGACUCGGAGGUGGCGCACGAGAAGGGGGCCUUUGACCCGUCGACGACGCGGCCGGGCUCCGAGAAGGGCGAGGCCGACGGCCACGUCCUCGACGUCUCGGGCGCGAACCAGGCCGCGUCCAAACCGCAGGGCGACAAGGCCGACGGCGACGGCGGCGCGGGCAGGGAGACGAGGAAGGGGGGCAAGAGCAGCGGGUCGAGCACGGCCAAGGCUGGGAGCGUCUGA